CAGCAAAACAUACACAUUUCUGGACUGGACUACAAAUUGUGUUUUAUACUUGUUUUAGACUGUUCCUGCACCGUAUUGUGCUCAUGUAUUUAUUGUACUUUAUACAGAAAUAUUCUUAAUAUAUUCCUUGAGACACUGACUCUUUACAUUCAAUAAUCUGUAAGGAGACUAAAUAUCAUUCACACCUUAUAGGGUUAAUAUCAGCAGAACUGAAAGUGAAAAUAACUUGGGGCGGUUUCUACUUCCUCUGCACUCGGGCACUCAGCCUUUCCUCUUCUCCGGAGAUCUUGUAUUUCUACACGCUGUGUACGGCUUUCAGGGUUAUCAUCAGGAUUCUCCUCCCUCUGUACUGGACUUUACUCUUCUCCGGAGAUCUUGUAUUUCUACACGCUGUGUACGGCUUUCAGGGGAUUUUAUCAUCUUACGAGGCUCAGGAAUGGAUGAUAAAGCUUUCAGAGGCGAUGAUGAGACCCGGCAGUUCUACCAGCAGCUCCGUCAGUAUAAAGAUCACUUCCUGAGGAUGACGUAUGAAUAUUUCCAGGAUGAUCUGCUCCACAUUGUGGAGAACAUGAGUCUUCUACCACUUCUCCAUGAGCUACAGUCCCGAAAUCUCCCUGAUACUGAGAAAUACCGGAGUUUAGAACAUGAUAGAAGAAGAUUGGCGCAGACUUUACUACAGGAUAUAUCUCUCAGAGGAAGAGAAGCUGUGAUAGGACUGUGGGUCAGUCUGUAUGCAUUACGGCGACAUCAUGGAUCCCCCGGCCUGGACGCUGUACUGAAGGAACUCCGUCAUAGAGGUGACACUCUGGUGGAGCAAAUCCUGCUGGAUGAACAUGGACACCAACUGUCCCCACAACUCAAAGAAUUCCAGAUCCGGCACAAGAAACAUUUACAUGAAAGAACUGAGAAACUUCUAGAGAACAAACCUCCAAGAUGUGACCAGCGAGAGGAGAAUUUUCCAUUCUGUACACGUUAUGUCAACCUCAUCAUUGUCUCCACUGAUCACUUCAGAGAACGCACGGAGAAUGAGCUCAUAGAGACCGGGGUAAAACAUGAGGAAUACUUAAAGCUAAAACAAAAGGAAUUACUACGCAUUUCCCCCAACAAACUGUUCCGCUGGUGCCACCGAUUCGAAGUGCCACGUAUGGUAAUGGUGAGCGGAGUGCCUGGUGUAGGGAAGACCACACUGAUGCAGAAAGUUGUCUAUGACUGGGUGAGGGGGGAUCUCUAUCAAAGAUUCUCCUUUGUCUUUUUCUUCAAAUUCCGAGAACUCAACAGACUGGAUAAAGUUAGUCUGGAGGACAUGAUCCUUCAUCAGUACCCAUAUCUGUGGGAGCAGCUUAGUAACAUCUUACAGGAACCAGAAAAACUUCUCUUUAUAUUUGAUGGUUUAGAUGAAAGUCUUCAUAACAUGGAUUUCACAUCACGUCACUUGUGCUCUAAUCCUAAACAGCCCGAACCUUGUGGUCAGAUUGUGGUUAGUUUGGUGAGAACGUCUCUUCUUAAUGGUUGUUCUGUCCUAAUGACCAGUCGCCCAACCAGACUGGCAUCAAUUGAUUGUAGAGUUUUCCAGAGAAUAGUUGAAAUUAUUGGGUUUUUACCAGAAGAACGACGGAUGUACUUUCAAAACUUCUUCACCGACCCUGAACUGGCGGAAAAGGCUUUUAAAUAUGUGAAGCAGAAUGACAUCCUAUAUACGUUCUGUUACCUCCCGUCCUACUGCUGGAUCAUCUGUACAGUAUUAUCCAAGAGCUUCCAGCCAACAAGUAGUGAUCAGCCGGUGUCAUUAUUGCCCAAAACCAUCACCCAGCUGUUUGCGAUAUUUGUCGCCAACAUCCUGUCCAAUCACUGCCUGGACAAAAGUGACGCUCAGAAGAUCCUGCAGUCCAUCGGAUGGAUGGCAGAACAUGGAGUCAUGAAUCACAGGCUUAUCUUUGAUGAACGAGAUCUGGACUGCUUCCAUGUGGACAAUAUGUCAAAGCUAUUAUCAAGUUUUCUGAUGGAAUCGGAGAAACCUGUGUCCUAUUCCUUCUUGCAUCUCACUGUUCAGGAAUUCUUCUCUGCCUUGGUGCAUUAUGUGGAUUAUUCUCCUGAGAAGUUACAGAAAUCACUAAAAGAUGCCAAAUCCUAUCCUGAUGGACGAGGUGAGAUGUUCCUUCGUUUCCUGUGUGGUCUAUCAGACGGCUCCACCAGGUCAAUGCUAACUGGAUACCUGGACAGACAAGCAACUCCGACAUCUAUAGAUGUCAUCACUUGGCUAAAGGAGUUCAAUCUAGAAGAACAGUGGAUGUUGGAUAACAAACGACAUCUUCUCAGUACAUUUUUCUAUCUGUAUGAAUCCCGGAAUAAGGCUCUGGUGCUGGAAUCACUACAAUCACACAGAAGUCUUGACUUUUCUCAUGUUCGUAUGUCGGUUCUAGACUGCACAGUGUUGGCAUUUAUUCUGGACACCUGCACAAAUAUAGAAAAACUCAGUCUAUAUGGAUGUUCCUUAGACAAUGAAGGAUUAGAAAGACUUGCUCCAGGAUUACAUAACCUGCAGACUCUGAGAUUGGGUAAUAAUCGUCUACCAGACACUUCCUGCAUCCAGUUGGCAUCUGGAAUAAGGAAUAACCCGUCCCUGAAGAUACUUGACCUGUCUAGUAACCGUCUGUCUGGUCCUCACUUCAGUGACUUGAUGGAGGCUCUGUCCAGUCCGGCCUGCAGGAUAGAGGAAUUACGUUUGGUUGGUAAUCGUCUACCAGACACUUUCUGCAUCCAGUUGGCAUCUGGAAUAAGGAAUAACCCAUCCCUGAAGAUACUUGACCUGUCGCAUAACCGUCUGUCUGGUCCUCACUUCAGUGACUUGAUGGAGGCUCUGUCCAGUCCGGCCUGCAGGAUAGAGACAUUAAAAUUGGGUUAUAAUGAACUACCAGACACUUCCUGCAUCCAGUUGGCAUCUGUAAUAAGGAAUAACCCGUCCCUGAAGAUACUUGACCUGUAUAAUAACCGUCUGUCUGGUCCUCACUUCAGUGACUUGAUGGAGGCUCUGUCCAGUCCGGCCUGCAGGAUAGAGCUAUUACGUCUGAUGGGCAAUGGAUUAUCUGAAGAUGAGAAGGAAGCCCUAAGAAAACUGGAAAAGCAGAAACCAAAUAUGGAGAUAUAUUACUGAACAGAGAAGAAGCCGGAUUCAUCUCAGUGAUGAGCAGAU